AUGUUCAAUUUUCCGGGCCAGGGCCAGAUGGGGGGCCAGAUGCCAAGCCACAGCUUGGCCCUGAACCCCUUCGCUCUGCCUCCAGGAAUGCCGGGGAUGCCGCAGCAGCAGCAAAUGGCACAGGCGGCUGCUGCUAUGCGUCUCCCUCCGCAGGCCCCACCGCCAGAGCCUCCAAAGCCUGCCGCAUCGAGCAAGACCCAGGAAGAGCUGCUUGAUGAAAAAGCACGAAAGUGGCAGUCCUUGAAUGCGAAGCGGUAUGGAGAGAAGCGCAAGUUUGGCGUUGUUGAGCAGCAGAAGGAGGAGAUGCCUCCGGAGCAUAUCCGAAAGAUCAUCAAGGAUCAUGGAGAUAUGACAGCCCGCAAGUUCCGCCACGACAAGCGCAUCUACUUGGGUGCUUUGAAGUACCUGCCGCAUGCGGUGUACAAGCUUCUCGAAAACAUCCCGGUUCCGUGGCAGCAGAUCCGCAAUUGCCGCACGGUGUACCACUGCAGUGGUGCCAUUACCUUCUGUGCGGAGAUGCAAAAGGUCAUCGAGCCCGUGUACCUUGCUCAGUGGGGUACCAUGUGGAUCAUGAUGCGCCGAGAGAAGCGAGACCGACGCCACUUCAAGCGAAUGCGCUUCCCGCCCUUCGACGACGAGGAGCCGCCUUUGGACUACGGAGACAACGUCCUGGAUGUGGAGCCCCUGGAAGCCAUCCAGAUGAGGUUGGAUCCGGUCGAGGAUGAGCCAGUUUUGGAGUGGUUUUAUGAAGCAGUGCCACUUUUGAACACGAAGCAUGUGAACGGCACGAGCUACCGGAAGUGGCAUCUCUCCUUGGCUCAGCAAGGCGUCUUGUACCGCUUGUCCAACCAGUUGCUGUCUGAUUUGAUGGACAAGAACUACUUCUACCUCUUCGAAAAGAAGUCCUUCUACACGGCAAAAGCGCUGAAUAUGGCAAUUCCAGGUGGCCCCAAGUUCGAGCCCCUUUACCGUGACAUGUACGAUGAGGAUGAGGACUGGAACGAGUUCAACGACAUCAACAAGAUCAUCGUGCGACAGCAGCUGCGGACCGAGUACCGUAUCGCCUUCCCGUUCCUGUACAACUCGCGGCCUCGAAAGGUUGCGAUGGCACCCUACCACAACCAGUCCGUCUGCUACAUCAAAGCGGAUGAUCCCGAUCUUCCGGCCUUCUACUACGAUCCUAUCAUCAAUCCGCUGCCAGCGUACCGCGCAGUGUCCCAUCGCUCCCAGGAUCAGUCGGCGGAUGAUGACGAGGAUAUCGAGAGCUUCCAGCUGCCGGAAGAUUGCACGCCUCUGCUUGAGGAUACUCCGCUCUUCACGGACUGCACAGCGAACGGCAUCACGCUCUACUGGGCACCAAGGCCCUUCAACCUUCGCAGCGGCUACAUGCGUCGUGCACAGGAUGUUCCUCUUGUUGGGCAGUGGUACAAGGAGCACUGUCCUUCGAACUACCCGGUGAAGGUGCGCGUGUCAUACCAGAAGCUCCUGAAGGUCUGGGUUCUCAACCAGCUGCACCAUCGCCCUCCCAAGACGCUGAACAAGCGCAACUUGAUGAACAUCUUCGCCACGACGAAGUUCUUCCAGCGCACGGAGUUGGACUGGGUGGAGAUUGGUCUGCAGGUUUGCCGCCAAGGCUACAACAUGCUGAACCUCCUGAUCGCCCGUAAGAACUUGAACUUCUUGCAUUUGGACUACAACUUCAACCUGAAGCCAGUGAAGACGUUGACGACGAAGGAGAGAAAGAAGUCUCGAUUCGGCAACGCCUUUCACCUGUGCCGAGAGAUCAUGCGCCUCACGAAGCUGGUUGUGGACUCGCACGUGCAGUUCCGAUUGGGCAACGUAGAUGCCUUCCAGCUUGCAGACGGCUUGCAGUACAUCUUUGCCCACGUGGGUCAGUUGACGGGUAUGUACCGCUACAAGUACCGUCUCAUGCGACAGGUGCGCAUGUGUAAGGACUUGAAGCACUUGGUCUACUACCGCUUCAACACUGGCCCCGUCGGAAAGGGUCCCGGCUGCGGCUUCUGGGCACCGGGCUGGCGCGUUUGGCUCUUCUUCCUGCGCGGUGUCGUCCCGCUGCUGGAGCGCUGGCUGGGCAACUUGUUGGCCCGACAGUUCGAAGGCCGUGUCAGCAAGGGCGUCGCCAAGACCAUCACCAAGCAGCGAGUGGAGAGUCACUUUGACUUGGAGCUGCGUGCGGCAGUGAUGCACGACAUCAUUGACAUGAUGCCCGAAGGUGUCCGAGCCAACAAGGCCCGAACCAUUCUGCAGCACCUGUCGGAGGCUUGGCGAUGUUGGAAGGCGAACAUCCCUUGGAAGGUGCCGGGCUUGCCUGCGCCGAUCGAGAAUAUGAUCCUUCGCUACGUCAAGUCCAAGGCCGAUUGGUGGACCAACGCGACGUACUACAACAGAGAGCGUAUCCGCCGUGGUGCCACCGUGGACAAGACCACCUGCAAGAAAAAUUUGGGACGUCUGACCCGUCUCUGGCUGAAGGCCGAGCAAGAGAGGCAGCACAACUACCUGAAGGAUGGCCCCUACGUUAGCGGAGAGGAGGCCGUGGCGAUCUACACCACCACCGUGCACUGGCUGGAGAGUCGCAAGUUCACUCCGAUCCCCUUCCCGCCCCUGAACUACAAGCACGACACCAAACUGCUCAUUUUGGCUUUGGAGCGGCUCAAGGAGCAGUACACCGUCCAGACACGUCUGAACCAGCAGCAGCGAGAGGAGUUGGGUUUGGUCGAGCAGGCCUACGACAAUCCUCACGAGGCUCUCUCGCGAAUCAAGCGACACUUGCUCACGCAGCGCGCCUUCAAAGAGGUGACCAUCGAGUUCCAGGACAUGUACAGUCACCUGGUGCCCUGCUACGAGAUCGAGCCUUUGGAGAAGAUCACGGAUGCGUACCUGGAUCAGUACCUGUGGUAUGAGGGUGACCACCGACAUCUCUUCCCCAACUGGGUGAAGCCGGCAGACACCGAGCCAGCGCCCUUGUUGGUGUACAAGUGGUGCCAGGGUAUCAACAACUUGACAGAUGUCUGGGACACCUCAGACGGUCAGUGCGUUGUGGUCCUGGAAAGCAAGUUCGAGAACGUCUCGCAGAAGGUGGACCUCACCCUGUUGAACCGAUUGCUCCGAUUGAUCGUCGAUCACAACAUCGCAGACUACAUGACUGCGAAGAACAACAUUGUCAUCAACUACAAGGACAUGAACCACACCAACUCUUACGGUCUCAUCAAGGGCCUGCAGUUCGGAUCCUUCGUCUUCCAGUAUUACUGCAUGGUCCUGGACUUGCUGAUGCUGGGUCUGACCAGGGCCUCAGAGAUCGCCGGACCUCCUCAGCUGCCCAACGAGUUCUUGACCUUCCAGGAUGUGGACACGGAGCUCAGGCACCCCAUCCGCCUGUACUGCCGGUACCUGGACCGCUUCAUCAUGGUCUUCCGCUUCAGCAAGGAGGACUCCAAGGAUCUGAUUCAGAGGUUCCUGACGGAGAACCCGGAUCCCAACAACGAGAAUGUUGUCGGCUACACCAACAAGAUGUGCUGGCCCCGCGAUUGCCGAAUGCGGCGCAUGAAGCACGAUGUCAACCUGGGACGAGCCGUCUUCUGGGAGAUGCAGAACCGCUUGCCGCGCAGCGUUACCACGCUUGUUUGGGAUAACUCCUUCGCGUCCGUCUACUCGAAGGACAACCCCAACAUCCUCUUCAACAUGUGCGGCUUUGAAGUUCGCAUCUUGCCAAAGAUCCGUACGUUCCAGGAGGAGUUCACGCAGCGCGAGGGCGUGUGGAAGCUGCAGAACGAUGCCACAAAGGAAAUGACGGCUCAGGCCUUCUUGAAGGUCGACAACGAGUCGCAGAAGCAGUUCGAGAACAGAUGUCGAACCAUCUUGAUGGCAUCAGGUUCUACAACUUUCACCAAGAUUGCAAACAAGUGGAACACGAACCUCAUCGGUAUGAUGACAUACUUCCGCGAGGCCGUGAUUCACACGGAUGCGCUGCUCGACCUUCUCGUGAAGUGCGAGAACAAGGUGCAGACUCGAAUCAAGAUCGGGCUGAACUCCAAGAUGCCCUCGCGAUUCCCGCCUGUGGUCUUCUACACCCCCAAGGAGUUGGGAGGAUUGGGCAUGCUCAGUAUGGGCCACAUCCUGAUCCCGCAGUCUGACUUGCGAUAUUCGAAGCAGACCGAGACGGGCAUCACGCACUACCGCAGUGGCUUGAGCCACGAGGAGGACCAGCUCAUCCCCAACCUGUACCGAUAUGUGCAGACCUGGGAGGCGGAGUUCAUCGAUUCCCAGCGUGUCUGGGCCGAGUACGCCCUGAAGAGGCAGGAGGCCACAGCGCAGAACCGACGCCUCACAUUGGAGGACCUGGAGGAUGCCUGGGAUCGUGGUAUUCCUCGAAUCAACACGCUCUUCCAGAAGGAUCGCCACACCUUGGCCUUCGACAAGGGCUGGCGCGUGCGUCAGGACUUCAAGCAGUACAACAUCAUGCGCCAGAACCCCUUCUGGUGGACUCACCAGCGCCAUGAUGGAAAGCUGUGGAACUUGAACAACUACCGAACUGACAUGAUCCAGGCACUGGGAGGUGUCGAAGGCAUCUUGGAGCACACGCUCUUCAAGGGCACCUACUUCCCCACCUGGGAGGGUCUCUUCUGGGAGAAGGCCAGCGGCUUCGAGGAGUCCAUGCGAUUCAAGAAGCUCACGAACGCCCAGCGAAGUGGUCUGAACCAGAUUCCCAAUCGACGCUUCACGCUCUGGUGGUCUCCAACGAUCAACCGUGCCAACGUCUAUGUCGGCUUCCAGGUGCAGCUGGACCUCACCGGCAUCUUCAUGCACGGAAAGAUCCCGACCCUGAAGAUCUCCCUGAUCCAGAUCUUCCGCGCGCACUUGUGGCAGAAGAUCCACGAGAGUAUUGUCAUGGACUUGUGCCAGGUCUUCGAUCUGGAGUUGGAUGCCCUGGAGAUUGAGAUGGUGCAGAAGGAGACGAUUCACCCGCGUAAGUCCUACAAGAUGAACAGCUCCUGCGCGGACGUGCUCCUCUUCGCCUCCUACAAAUGGGCCGUCUCCAAGCCGUCAUUGCUGACAGAGUCCAAGGAUGGCUUCGAUGGCACGACGACCACAAAGUACUGGAUCGAUGUGCAGCUCCGCUGGGGAGACUACGAUUCCCACGACAUCGAACGAUACUGCCGUGCCAAGUUCUUGGACUACACCACAGACAACAUGUCCAUUUACCCGUCGCCGACGGGCGUGCUCAUGGGCGUGGAUUUGGCCUACAACCUGCACAGCGGCUUCGGCAACUGGUUCCCAGGAGUCAAGCCAUUGCUGCACAGGUCCAUGAACAAGAUCAUGAAGGCAAAUCCUGCCCUGUAUGUGCUUCGCGAGCGCAUCCGCAAGGGUCUGCAGCUUUACAGCAGUGAGCCUACCGAGCCCUACUUGAACUCCCAGAACUAUGGAGAGCUCUUCAGCUCCCAGAUCAUCUGGUUCGUGGAUGACACCAACGUGUACCGGGUGACGAUCCACAAGACCUUCGAGGGUAACCUGACCACGAAGCCCGUGAACGGAGCCAUCUUCAUCUUCAACCCGCGAACAGGACAGCUCUUCCUGAAGAUCAUCCACACCUCCGUGUGGGCAGGUCAGAAGCGACUCUCACAGCUGGCAAAGUGGAAGACAGCCGAGGAGGUCGCGGCAUUGAUCCGAUCAUUGCCGGUGGAAGAGCAGCCGAAGCAGAUCAUCGUGACCCGAAAGGGCAUGUUGGAUCCUUUGGAGGUGCACCUUCUGGAUUUCCCGAACAUCGUGAUCAAGGGCUCCGAGCUCUCCCUGCCGUUCCAGGCGUGCAUGAAGAUCGAGAAGUUCGGCGAUCUGAUCUUGAAGGCGACCCAGCCUGAGAUGGUGCUCUUCAACCUCUACGAUGACUGGCUGAAGUCGAUCUCCUCGUACACUGCCUUCAGCCGAAUGAUCUUGAUCCUGCGGGCACUGCACGUGAAUCCGGAUCGCACAAAGGUCAUCCUGAAGCCCGACAAGACGACAGUCACCCAGCCACACCACGUCUGGCCGAGUCUCACCGACGACGAGUGGAUCCACGUUGAGGUGCAGCUCAAGGACUUGAUCCUGGCAGACUACGGAAAGAAGAACAACGUCAACGUUGCUUCGCUCACCCAGAGUGAGAUUCGCGACAUCAUCCUCGGAAUGGAGAUCGCACCGCCAUCCAUCCAGAGACAGCAGAUCGCCGAUCUUGAGAAGCAGGGCAAGGAGAUGUCUCAGAUCACAACCAUUACCUCCAAGACCACCAACGUGCACGGUGAGGAGAUGAUCGUGACAACAGGCUCCCCCUACGAGCAGCAGACCUUCGCCUCCCGCACGGAGUGGCGCGUCCGUGCCAUCAGCGCGUCGUCUCUGCACCUGCGGACGAACCACCUGUAUGUCAACAGUGAAGACAUUCGGGAGACUGGCUACACGUAUGUCAUGCCGAAGAACAUCCUGAAAACCUUCAUUUGCAUCAGUGACCUGCGCACGCAGAUCGCCGCCUACCUCUAUGGCAUCUCUCCUCCUGACAACCCCCAGGUGAAGGAGAUUCGGUGCAUGGUCAUGGUGCCUCAGGUUGGCACGCACAGCAAUGUGACGCUGCCGCAGCAGCUGCCCGACCAUGAUCACUUGCGUGAUCUGGAGCCAUUGGGCUGGAUCCACACGCAGCCGAACGAGCAGCCGCACCUGAGUCCUCAGGACGUGACCUUCCAUGCCCGAAUGCUGGCAGACAACAAGACGUGGCUGGCUGACCAGACGAUCAUCAUUACCUGCAGCUUCACGCCAGGCAGCUGCUCGCUGACGGCCUACCGCAUUACGCCCCAGGGCUUCCAGUGGGGUAAGUCGAACAAGGACACAGGCCCCAACCCUGCGGGUUUCUUGCCCACCCACGCGGAGAAGGUGCAGAUGCUGCUGAGUGAUAUCUUCCUGGGCUUCUUCAUGGUGCCAGACAACGCCCUCUGGAACUACAACUUCAUGGGCCAGAAGCACAAUCCCACGAUGAAGUACAGUCUCUGCGUCGAGAACCCCCGUGAGUACUACCAUGAGUGCCACAGGCCAGCCCACUUCCUGAACUUCACGCAGCAGGAGGAGGUUGGCAACGAGGGAGCAGACCACGAGGACCACUUUGUAUGA